AGAAUCCGAGGAUGAACGGGGACAGACCGUGGCAACCGAGGGAGAGGAGACGGACGGGAGAGAAGUGCUCGAAAUUGACGGGUCUGAAGAGAGCGGGGACUCGGAUGGCACUGAAGAGUUCGUACAGACAGGCGAAUCAGAGAAUGACGAAGACCUAGAGGAAUUGGGGGCCGUUGAGGGAAGUGAAGAGGAGGAGCCGGUGAACGAAAGUCGAGAAACCGAGAUGAAGAGAACGCGGGAGAUGAAGAAGAGCACUUCAAACCAUUCUUCGGCCUCCUCGAACUCACACUCAGUAGUCGAACCUGACGACCCUCCUCUCCCGGCCGAGCUCUACGCCAAUCCCGCACCUAGCAAAACCUGGAAGGUUUCAUACAUCAAAAAGGGCUUGGGAAUUCCCGAGGACGUGAAAUUUUUCGAGGAUCCGUACGUCACUAUUUGCGUCGAGAUGGAAUAUUUAUUAGGCGACAUCGGAGUGUUUGGGAAAACGAUAUCGAAGGAUUUACAGCCGAAGGUUGAGACCGCUUUGGGAGACUUUCAUGUCCGGUUUCCCGACAUCUUCGUCAAAAUUCCAGACCCAUGGAAGACGAAGUGUAUACUCGCGCUCGCACAUGUAUGUAACAACAGAGGGCGACGCCGCGGGCCCGAGACCAUUGCGGCCUCGCCCGAGUUCAGGAUGCUUCACGGCGGCAUCUAUCAUUCGAUGGCGUGACUCUGGUGAUCCGCAGGCAGGACACAUCAGAGCACAUUCUCUGCGCUGCUACGAGAGUAAGAAAUUCCCCAGUUCCACGAGAGUACACGCGGGCACACCUAUCGUACGUACGCU